AUGUCUAAGCGGGUGGAGGCUGUUUCAUUGCCAACAAAUGAUGCCAAAGUGGUUGUCAAGUUCAUUCGAAAGCAUAUCUUCACCAGGUUUGGAACGCCAAGGGCAAUAAUCAGUGAUGGAGGUAACCACUUUAUCAAUAACUCAGUUCAUAGUCUAUUAGCGAAGUAUGGGGUGAGGCACAAAGUGGCUACAACAUAUCAUCCCCAAACUAGUGGGCAAGUAGAGACUAUUUAUAAGACAUCGAUAGAGACUUUUCCUUAUCGAAUGGUGUUUGGAAAAGCGCGUCACUUACCAGCUGAGUUAGAGCACAAGGCAUAUUGGGCGAUUAAGAAGUUGAAUCUGGAUGUUAAGUUUGCAGGUAGGAAGAGAAUCACACAGCUGCACGAGUUAGAAAAAUUUAGUCUUCAUGCCUACGAAAAUGACAAGUUGUACAAAGAGAAGACCAAGAGAAAGCUUCGAUCUAAGUGGAGUGGCCCUUUUGAAGUUGUAAGAAUGACCCAACAUGGUGUUGUGGAAUUGAGAAACAAGGAUAAAAGCUCUACAUUCCUUGUAAAUGGUCAACGGGUCAAGCAUUCUUUUAGGAAAGAUCUGGAUUGGAAGCUCGAAGAGUUCACAUUGAAUGAAGAAUGA